CACCCUUCGUCAAAUCUUUAUAUCAUGUCUGGUCGCGGCAAAGGUGGUGGCAAAGUGAAGGGUAAGUCCAAGACUCGUUCAACCCGUGCCGGACUUCAGUUCCCAGUUGGACGCAUUCACCGCCUCCUGCGGAAAGGCAAUUAUGCCGAGCGAGUUGGAGCUGGUGCACCGGUCUACCUUGCCGCCGUUAUGGAGUACUUGGCCGCUGAGGUUCUGGAGUUGGCUGGCAAUGCAGCUCGUGACAACAAAAAGACCAGGAUCAUCCCCCGUCACCUUCAAUUGGCCAUCCGAAACGACGAAGAGUUGAACAAGCUGCUCUCUGGUGUAACAAUCGCUCAGGGUGGUGUCCUGCCUAAUAUCCAGGCGGUACUUCUGCCCAAGAAAACCGAAAAAAGCUCGUAA